GAGCGCCACUUCGAGAUGGUGCGCGCCUAUGGAGCGGUGGAACAUGGCGCGGGCGUGAAAGGAGGCGAAGGAAGAAGAAGGAUAGCGUUGGCCUUUGCCGCUGCUGCGAUCCUUGCUGUGGCAGCUGUUCUUGCAGUUGCUCUUAACAACGAUCAUGCCACAGAGCUUGAGGGUUUUGACGUCCGCAAGGAGCAUCCUCCUAUGUGGCAUGCCACCGGUGAAUUGGCACCACCGGCCCCUCCUGCGAAGGCAUUGGCGAUCGACUAUCUGUCCUUCUUCACCUCGGAUAUGUUCGCCAAGUUCUCGGACUCUUGCUGCAGGACCUUAUUCUUUCCACCUGGCCAUGGAGAGCGUCUCCCACUUGAGUUGGACUUGGAAGGCCCCUAUGCCUUGAACAUCCGCAACUUCGUUGGCAACAGGAACACCUUCAUGUUCAACGGAGCCGACAGCUAUACCGUCGAGUUCAUGAACAGGUACUUCGGCUUCCACAUCAAGGAAGUUCCCGUCAUUUCUGGAUACAAGCGCCGCGAGGCUCUCAUGAUCAUGGGAGAUCCCUCCACGGCCUCCUCCGUUCCCCAGGCCUACGCUGUGGAGCGUCAGAUUGGUGCCACGUACUACGGAGGUCUUCCUAACAAGCUUGCGCCAACUGCUGACAUGGUUGCCGUCGACACCCUCACCCUUCCCGGCGCCUCCAUCAUCAUCUACAACAACUGGCCCAGAGUGCCCACUGGAACCCCAUGCUUCAUUGCCCGCUAUUGCCAGAUCCAGGACCCCUACACCCAGGGAGGCUUGCCCCUCAAGGUUGAGGUCAUCGAGUGCCCGGCUGCCGAGGCCCGCGGAUAUCCUUGCUCCUGCGGUUUCAUCAACUUCGUGGGAUGGGAUUGGUUCGGCUCUAACGCGAACAUCUGGGACUCGACUGUCUUCAAUGCUGACGAUCUUGCGAUGACCUUCUCGCUCGGGGACACCACAACCCCCAAGGGAGCUAAGAGGUCUGGCGUUCAAAGACUCGCCGCACAGCAGCCCAUCCAGGUUAACGUGAACGAGGACUGCUCUGGACCAAACUGCCACUAUCAGUAAAGCCCACACACAAACUCAUCAUCAUGACAUCCUUGUCGUACCACGGCCUAACGGAUGUUGUGGAGUGGACUUUUCUGUCAGGGAUUUGUAAAAUUGUUUUGCAAGAUUGGGUUCUGUGUUCGUGCAGUGAAGCUUCAUCAGCGAUAAGCAAGUUUGUCAAAUAAAGCAAGCUUGAUAGG